CUCUUCUCCUCUCUCAGCAAAUGCACGGCCGACAACACGGCUGCAUGAGAAUCGCGGCAGAGUCCGAUGAUGACAAGCAAUUGGAAAGAGAUGUGAUCAGUUUCAGCGACGAUUUGCUAGCCUUGCACGAAACAGACGCCGCCCGGACACGGGCAAAGAUCGCCGACGGCGUGGUCGUUCAACAUCGACGCUGGACCACCCAAGAAGUCUUUCCUACCGAGCCUCAAGGCCUGUCAAGUUCGCCCAACAUGCCUCGUGGACCUUUUAUCACUUCUUCUCCGCCGCCCACUCCGUCGCCCACGAAGAAGCGGAAGUUUGUCGAGCUGGACCUGGGGGUCAACGGGCUUGAGCGUCCCUCAAAGGCGCAGCGCUCGUACUAUGGCAUCAACAUACACAAACUGCUGGAAGAAGCAGAAGCAGAGGAGGGCAUCCCCAAAGCCGCAAGGGCCUUACCCACACCGCCUACAGAACCGACCAAGCGCUCCUCUUUGCUGUGGACUGAGAAAUAUCGAGCUCGAAAAUUCACCGACUUGGUGGGCGACGAGCGCACGCAUCGCGCAGUCAUGCAUUGGCUGAAGCGAUGGGAUCCGCUGGUCUUUCCGGGCUCCCACCGGCAACAGGUCAAACCAAAAGUCUUCAAGGAAGGCAUUGAGGAAAAGGCGCAUCGCAAGAUCCUGCUUCUGACCGGGCCGCCUGGGCUCGGCAAGACAACACUCGCACACGUGUGUGCGAAGCAAGCGGGCUACGAGGUGCAAGAGAUCAAUGCUAGUGACGAGCGGAGUGGCAAUGUUGUGAAAGGACGCAUUCGCGAUAUGCUUGGUACGGAAAACGUCAAAGGCGUGGAGUCUCAGGGUGGAGACGGUCGAGUGCGAAAGGCAGGCAAACCUGUAUGCGUGAUUGUGGAUGAAGUGGACGGUGUCAUGACGGGAAGCGGCGCAACUGGCGAAGGAGGAUUUGUCAAAGCCCUGGUCGACCUGUUGAUACUGGAUCAGAAGAAUUCUGCCCUUGGAACCUUGCAACAAGCGCCUACGCGUAGAGGGAAGGGCGAUCGCUUCCGCCUACGUCGCCCACUGGUCCUCAUCUGCAAUGACGUUUACCAUCCAUCCUUGCGCCUCCUCCGGCAGGGGCCCCACGCAGAGGUGAUUCACGUUCGCAAGCCCGCUGUCCAAAGCCUCAUAUCAAGGCUCCACGGCAUUUUCGACAAAGAAGGCGUCCCAUGUGAGGCCGAUGGCGUACGGAGACUCUGUGAAGCCACUUGGGGCGUCAGCAACCGCAAAGAAGACCGGCAUGGCAGUGGAGGCGGCGAAGGGGACAUGCGAGGCAUCAUGGUCGUCGGCGAAUGGGUGGCAGGCAAGCUCCGCGCUGAGGGUAGUUCCACCCUGACGCGUCGGUGGGUGGAAGACCACGUCCUGAGCGACCUCACCCAUGGCGGUGGAGCAGCGAGAGGCCUUGGACGAGGCGGACCAAAGGACAUUGUAGAGCGGGUAUUUCAGGAAGGGGCCGGGUUUCCAAAGUCUACAGCACCGACCACUCCCUUCCAGCACCAGCGCGGCGCUCAAGUGAUAGGCGUUGCUGAGAGCCUCAAGCGCGUCAGCAGUCAGCGUCUGCGGGAGCUGGUGGACACACAAGGUGACUCGGACAGGAUCAUGACCGAUUGCUACGCGUCCUAUCCCACUCGCUCCUUUCACGACGACACCUUGCUCUCCAAGCCCGAAGCUGCUUACGAAUGGUUGCACUUUCACGAUUCCCUCUCCUCUGCGGUGUUCGGGAGCAACGAAUGGGAACUUGCGCCAUAUCUAAGCUCACCCAUUAUCGCUUUCCACCAUUUGUUCGCUUCAUCGACAAAGACAUCGCACAGUGCUCCGGCUGGCGAGGAGACCGAAGGUGAGGGACAUGACACACAUCCAUUCUCGGGUGUUCAAGCAUCGUGGGCGGCCCACGAAGCGGAGAAGCAGAACAGUGCUUUGCUCCAAUCCUUGCAAUCCUCUCUGUCAACAGAGCUGAGUCGUCUAUUCAGCUCAACCGACGAUAUCGCCACAGAUCUCCUCCCGUACCUGCUUCGCAUGGUCUCGCCGAACGUCAAUCCCGUGGUAGUCGGCGGCAGUGGGAACGAUAAAAGCACUGCCUCGGUGCGAAAAGCCAGCGAGCAAAUGCUAGUCCAGCGAGCCGUGCAAGCCAUGGCUGCAAGCGGAGUGCGAUUCGAGAGGACGAAGGUCUCUUCUACUGACAAUGUGGUUGGACCAACAGCCUAUGGCGCAGAGUGGAUCUAUCGAAUGGAACCUUCGCUGGAUGAGAUGGGCGUGUUCGAGACGGGCGGGAAGGGGUUCGGGGCGAGUGGAGGCAAGACGAGAUAUGCGGUCCGUCAAGUCCUGGACCAGGAAUGGAGGAAGGCGGAGAAGAAGCGGGCAGAAGCAGCCAGACUGGCUAGGUUUCGUGGCCCCGCGGCUGGAGAAGACGAUGCCGGCACGAGCGACAAGCAAAAGGUGGCUGGGCAGCCGGCAAUCAAGGGCUUGACAGCGGUGAAGCGCGACUUUUUCGGUCGGCCGAUCGCUGCACAACAUCCUCAGGGGUCAGAGGAAGGGAUAAAGUCCAUGUAUGAGGGGGUGGAGGAUGAAGAGCGAAGAGUGUGGGUGACGUAUCAUGAAGGCUUCUCCAAUGCGGUCAGGAAACCCAUCACUCUGGCGGAAUUGAUGAGAGAUUUAUGAGUAGCAGGGU